UGACAUAAGGGGUGUGGGAAGUAUUAAGUAAGAGUGUUGGUAGCAAUAUACAUCUAGUUUGCCAUCUAUAACUCAUGGUAGUGAGAAUUUUUCACUAACAAGGCUGCAGGGUGUGGCUAGUAAAUUGUAAGGUUGUAGAUAACAAAUUCAAUGCAGAAAGUUUAGCACUUCUCCUAGCGCAUACUUAUCGGUCCUUUUCUCGUCGAGUGAAGCAAGGCAACAACGACACAAACAUGGCAACUAUUCGGAUGAUAGAUAUAGCUGUCAACUUCACGGAUGGCAUGUUUAAGGGAAUCUACAAUGGCAAACAAUGUCAUGUUGCUGAUAUACCAACCGUUUUGAACAGGGCUUGGGCUGCUGGUGUCCACAGAAUCAUUGUAACUGGUGGAUCCCUUCAGGAAUCAAGGGAGGCUCUGGCAAUUGCUGAAACAGAUGGAAGACUUUUCUGUACAGUUGGUGUGCAUCCAACACGUUGCAAGGAAUUUGACGAGAGUGGAGAUCCAGAAAAUCAUUUUCAAGCUCUUUUGUCAUUGGCUAAAGAGGGAAUUCAGAAAGGAAAGGUGGUUGCCGUUGGAGAAUGUGGAUUAGACUAUGACCGACUUCAUUUUUGCCCCGCAGAGAUUCAGAAGAAGUAUUUCGAGAAGCAGUUUGAAUUGGCAUACAUCACAAAAUUGCCUAUGUUUUUGCACAUGCGAGCAGCAGCUGAAGAUUUCUGUGAAAUAGUUGAGAAAAAUAAAGACAGGUUCUCUGGUGGUGUCACCCAUUCAUUUACUGGUACUACGGAUGAGUGCAUUAAGCUUCUCUCAUUUGAUAAAAUGUACAUUGGCAUAAAUGGGUGCUCUUUGAAAGUAGCUGAGAACCUUGAUGUUGUCAAGGAUAUUCCUGUUGAGAGAAUGAUGAUUGAGACAGACUCACCAUACUGUGAAAUAAAGAACACUCAUGCCGGAAUGGGUUUUGUUAAAUCUAAAUGGUCUUCUAAGAAGAAAGAGAAGUACGAUCAAGAGUGCAUUGUCAAAGGCCGCAAUGAACCUUGUUUAGUUAGGCAAGUUCUUGAGGUGGUUGCUGGCUGUAAAGGCAUCAAUGACACGGAUAAUCUCAGUAGAAUAUUGUACCACAAUACUUGCAGGGUGUUUUUCCCGCAUGACUUGGAUUCUGCAGCUGAUGCUCUUCUAGCUGGCGAUAAUUCUUCAUAAACAAAUGACAGAUGUGUUGAGCUUAUAUAGCGUCUUUGAAGUGAAACUGAAAUUGUUUGUCCAGCUCCUGUUCGGGAAUAGAAAUAUCAAGAAAUGACUUUUGGCAGUUUGCCAAGUAUGAGUGACAGAUCGUUGUAUUAUAUUUUCACAAACAUGUAAUAUAGAAACAACUGAUACUAAGAAGCCAAAACAUUCCAAUAGGCAACUAUGUUUAUUUAAAUAUGUUAUGCCAGUUUUGCCUACCAUGUCAUGCUUGGAAGUAAAAUAUUGGAGGUUUCUCAACCCGUGUUCUCUAUUGCCUUGGAAAAUCAUACCUACUCUUCUGUGUUGUAACUAAACAGCACAGUUUAAGAUCAGUGUAAUUUUAAUGCUUAUGUGAGUUCCUGCUUCAAA